AUGAACACCCUCAGCCACAACGGCCAGCCAGGAGGCUACGAGCACGAUGCAUACCACGGGAAAUCUCGCGAUCUGGAACAUGGAUCGCCCGAGAAGGACGCCUAUCACGGCCCAGGCCCCGCCGAUCCCUACGCACACGGGCCUGAUGGCAAGCCCAUCGUUUACGAAGACGAGAUGAGGAUAGCUGGUGUCAAACGGAUCGAGGCCAUUUCGGCGCAGCUUGGACCGAAAGCCCGCGCACUCGUCUUCCUCGGAUGCUUUUUCCUUGCUUAUGGGUACGGUCUUGAUGGAAAUAUCCGUUACAACUACCAGUCUAUCGCUACUGCCGAGUACUCACAGCAUUCGCUACUGACAACCGUCAACGUAAUCAGAGCCAUCGUUGGCGCAGUAGGACAGCCCACUGCAGCCAAGAUUGCCGAUGUCUUUGGCCGUCUGGAGCUCCUGCUCGUCUCGAUUGUCUUUUACGUCGUCGGGACUAUCGUUGAGGCCACAGCCAGCGGGCCUGGCUUCAUCGAAGCCUUCUCGGCAGGUGCCGUUCUCUAUCAGGUUGGCUACACCAUGGCGAUCCUCUUGGUGGAGGUCAUGAUCGCCGACAUGUCCUCGCUCCGCACUCGUCUUUUCUUCUCCUUCGUCCCCAAUAUGCCCUUCCUCAUCAACACUUGGGUAUCUGGAGACGUCUUUGCCGCUGUUCUCCUCGUCACCACCUGGCGAUGGGGUAUCGGGAUGUGGGCUAUCAUCUACCCAAUCUCGUGUCUCACCCUCGUCGGCGUCCUGUCCUACGCCCAAAUCAAAGCUCGCCGGGCGGGCGCGCUCGCCGACUACCGCUCGCCCUUCCAGACUCAGGGUAUGCGCGUCUUCUCCACCCUCUUUUGGCAGCUUGACGUCGUCGGUAUCCUCCUCAUGAUCAUCGCCUUUGGGUUCUUCCUCACUCCCUUCACCCUCGCCGGUGGCGCCUCGUCCAGCUGGGGAGAGGCCAAGAUCAUCGCCCCCCUUGUGGUCGGGUUGGCAUUCUUCCCCAUCUUUGUCAUCUGGGAGCUCAAAUGCCGCUACCCGCUUCUGCCUUUCCACCUUCUCAGAGACAGAGGCGUCUGGGCCGGCUUCGGUAUCGCUUGCACCUUGAACACCGCCUGGUACAUGCAGGGCGCCUUCCUCUUCCCCGUCCUCCAGGUCGCCUUUGGUCAAUCCAACCUUUCCGCCACCCGUAUCGGUUCCAUCUUCACAUUUGCCAGUACCCUCACCGGUAUCAUCCUCGGCAUCAUCGUCAUGCGCGUCCGCCGCCUGAAAGGCUUCAUCGUCUUUGGCUGCUGCCUCUUCGCCGUCGGCUUUGGUCUCUUGAUCCGCUACCGAACCGGUGCGAACCCAUCCGACAUCUCCGGACUGAUCGGCGGCGAGGUCGUCAUUGGUAUUGCUGUCGGCAUGUUCUCGUACCCUACUUUGGCCAGCGUACAGUCCAGGACAAAGCAUGAGCAUGUGGCGGUCGUAACUGGUCUCUACCUCGCCUGCUACAACAUCGGGAACGCUCUCGGUAACACCAUCUCCGGCGCCGUCUGGUCCAACCGCAUGCCCGUCGAGCUCAGCCAGAACCUCACCAACCAGACUCUGGCCGCUAGCACCUAUGCCAACCCGUACGGUAUCCUUCUCACUUACCCGUUCGGUACGCCCGAGCGAGCCGGCAUGCUCGUCGCUUACGGCAACGUCCAGCGGAUCUUGGCCAUCAUCGGUGUUUGCCUCUGCGUGCCGCUCGUAUGCUUCUCGCUGCUGCUUCGUGAUCCCACUCUCGGGACCGAGCAGUCUCUGGCCAAUGCCGAGUCGGAGGAGCUGAGGCAGGAGGAGAAGUCGAGGGGGUGGUUCAGCUGGCGCUAG